GGCAUCUGGCAUUUAAAAAAAAAUCUUAGACGUCAGCAAAUGCUUGAAUAAACUUGAAGGGGUCUUGAGCAGGGUGUCGAUAAUACUUCUUCAUGCUUUCUGGAUAAAUGAAAAUUCUGAUCCUUUGUUUUGAAAUUAAAACGAAGAUAGAGCUGUUCUGAGGAUAGGUAGUAAAGCAAACAUCGAAACCGUCACGAGUAAAUUAAUGGGAUAUAUCUCUGUUGAAAACGUUCCCGAUGAACGGGCCAGUUCCAAGGAGUCAGAAUGCGUACGGGAACCAAGGGUUUAUUUUUAUUCCCUUAGCAUGAAGUGGAAAAUUAAUUAAUAAAAAUGCCUGCAUAAACGUUUAACAGAUUAUCCAGGAUCGGAUUUGGGUGCGACUAGGGAACAGCCUACCUACUGCUGAGCGCAAAAGCGCCGGUUCAGUUCAAAGUAAAUAAAAAUCCGGUCCGGGUUUUGAUUGCUGUCUCCUCCAAAGCGGAUAGCCAGUGACAGCUGGAGUUUGAAGGCAAGGCUGAGAGGGUAGUUCUGGGGCAUUCGCUUGUAAGACAGGCUGCUUGUCCUGCAGAUCUCCAAAUAAGAUGACUCGGAGGUUGAGUAGCCAACGCCAUCUCAGACUGCUGUGACAGGACCUCGGACAAGGAGCUUACACCAGCCGCUGUAGGAAAGCGCGGCUUUUACUUGAGCCAAGUCUCCCCUUUUGAGAGCCGUGCUGGAUCGGCGAGAGUUCCCUGGGUGGAUUUCUGAUGGAUUUUGCAUGAACAGGAUUUCUGUGCAGUAAAAGUUCCACAUGCAGCCGGGAAGGUCGGGGGACCGCCGUGUUACUCUCCCCCUUCUCCGGGAAGGACAGAUGUGUUACCCUCACAGCGGCUGACAACCACUGUGUGAAUCAAGUUAGCCACAGAUAGCCUUAAAUGGAUUACUAAUGAGACACCAGUGCCGCUGGUUCGAGUCCUUCGCCUGCCUUUGCCAAUCCAAGGCUUAAGUGAAAAUAAAAAUCAGAAGCUAGCUGUGCUACUAUGAAGUCUGAAGGCUUGCUGCUAUAUUUUUCACUACUACAAUUUGUUGGGGCUGGUUUCCCUGAAGAUUCUGAGCCUAUCAGUAUUGCACAUGGCAACUAUACUAAACAAUAUCCGGUAUUUUUGGGUCACAAGCCAGGACGAAAUAACACACAAAGGCAUAAGUUGGACAUUCAGCUGAUUGUGAAAAUGAAUCGCACACUCUACAUUGCUGCUAGAGACCAUAUUUACACUGUCGAAAUGGAUACAUCAUUCAAAGAACAGAUUAAUUUUAACAAAAAGUUAAACUGGCGAUCAAAACAAGCUGAUAUUGACAUAUGUAGAAUGAAGGGAAAACACAAGGAUGAAUGUCACAAUUUCAUUAAAUUGCUUCUGAAGAGAAACGAUGACACGUUAUUCGUCUGCGGGACAAAUGCUUUUAACCCAUCAUGCAGAAACUAUAAGUUAGACACCCUGGAGGUCCUUGGAGAUGACAACAUCAGUGGAAUGGCAAGGUGCCCUUAUGAUCCAAAACAUGCCAACGUCGCACUUUUUGCUGAAGGUAAACUUUAUUCAGCAACUGUAACUGACUUCCUUGCCAUUGACGCAGUUAUAUAUCGGAGCCUUGGGGAGAGUCCAACUCUGCGGACAGUAAAACACGACUCAAAAUGGUUGAAAGAGCCUUACUUUGUCCAGGCUGUGGAUUACAAAGAUUAUAUCUAUUUCUUCUUUCGGGAAAUAGCUGUAGAGUACAACACCAUGGGAAAGGUUCUUUUCCCACGAGUUGCACGAGUCUGUAAAAAUGACAUGGGAGGUUCACAACGAGUGUUGGAGAAGCAGUGGACAUCCUUUGUGAAGGCGCGACUCAACUGUUCCGUACCUGGGGAUUCACAUUUUUACUUCAAUAUCCUACAGUCAGUGACAGAUGUCGUACGUAUUAAUGGCCGUGAUGUCAUUCUGGCAACAUUUUCUACACCUUACAACAGCAUCCCAGGCUCAGCCGUCUGUGCAUAUGAUAUGGAGGAUAUUGCCACUGUUUUUACUGGUCGAUUCAAAGAACAGAAGACUUCUGACUCCACCUGGACCCCUGUCCCUGAAGAACGAGUUCCUAAGCCAAGGCCAGGUAGUUGUGCAGGUUCACUAACACUGGAAAAAUAUGGCACCUCCAAUGGAUUUCCAGAUGACACCCUCAACUUCAUUAAAACACACCCUCUCCUGGACGAAGCUGUACCCUCAAUUUACAAUAGGCCGUGGUUUUUGAGGACAAUGGUCAGGUAUCGUUUGACUAAAAUUGCAGUGGACAUUGCUGCUGGUCCAUACCAAAAUUACACUGUGGUGUUUUUAGGGUCAGAGAAAGGAAUCAUCUUAAAGUUUCUGGCCAAAGCAAACAUGGGCUCCAUCAAUGACAGCAUCUUCCUGGAGGAAAUAAAUAUCUACAAUGCAGAAAAGUGCAGUGUUGAUGGAGUGGAAGACCGAAGAAUCGUGGGUAUGCAGCUUGAUAAGCCCAGUAGUGCUCUCUACGUGGCGUUUUCCACUUGUGUCGUGAGGGUGCCUCUCGCUCGAUGUGAACGACACAGCAAGUGCAAAAAGGCUUGUGUUGCCUCUCGGGACCCCUACUGCGGUUGGCUAAAGGAGGGAUCCUGUGUGCAGUUGUCACCAGGAACAAAAUCAUCAUUUGAACAAGAUAUCGAGCAUGGGAACACAGAUGGCCUGGGUGACUGCCAAAAUUCCUUUGUGGCACUGAAUGACUUUUCAACCACUCCACAAGGUCAUGAAAUGUCUCGUGAUACAAUAUAUGGCCACUUCAGUUCUGCCUUUUCCACUACCACCCUUCCUACAGCAGUUAAGGAGGGUUUUGAUGCUCAGGGGCCGAUGCUGGAUCAGAAGAAUGGCAUUGUUGCGUCCUCAGAAAUCAUUGACCCGUACGCGGCUAACCCUCCACACAUUCACCAUGAUACCAACGGAGUAAUUCGUGAAAGUUACCUCAAAGGUCACGAUCAGCUUGUUCCAGUUACCCUUUUGGCUAUUGCAGUUAUUCUUGCCUUUGUCAUGGGGGCAAUUUUCUCAGGAAUAAUUGUUUACUGCAUAUGCGAUCACCGGCGCAGAGAUAUUGAUGUAGGCGAAAGGAAAGAGAAGGACUUGCCUCGAUCCCGCAGGGGCUCCAUGGGCAGCGUCACAAAGCUGGGCGUCCUGUUUGAUGCUCAGACGAAGGAGGUGAAGCCUGAAGCCCUGCUGACUCCUCUCAUGCACAACGGUAAAAUAGUGACGCCGAACGGCACAGCGAAGAUUCUGAUCAAAGCCGACCAGCAUCACUUGGACCUGACGGCACUGCCCACUCCGGAGUCGACGCCAACCCUGCAGCAGAAGCGGAAACUGAGCCGUGGCAGCUGCCAGUGGGAAAGGAACCAGAAUUUGAUCAAUGCCUGCACUAAAGACCUGACGUCCAUGGGGUCACCAGUCAUCCCCAUGGAUCUUCCCCUCCACGCCUCGCCCAACCAUAUUCCAAGCGUGGUGGUCCUCCCGACCGCGCAGCAGAGUUUCCAGCAUGACUAUGGAGAUCAGGGCCACAGAUCAGAAAUGGCGCAGAUCACUAUCGAAGAUCAGAAUGCCACACUGGAAUAUCGAAGCAUAAAAAGCCCCUGCCACGGACUGGGUGCGAACCUUGACCAGGUGCCGCCUAAGGUUCCCCAGAGAGAAGCCUCACUCGGACCCACUAAUUCUGGGGUGACUCCAAAUGGUCUGAGCAAGCGGCUGGACGUUCCCUCCCCUUCGUAUGCAAUCGAAUACAAGAGAAACUAUCCGAGCAAUUCAUUGCAGCGAAAUGCGCAAGCAUCCGCUUUCAAGCGAAACCACAAUACUAACUCUUCCAAUUCCUCACACCUUUCUAGAAACCAGAGUUUUAACAGGGGAGAGAACCCUCCUCCUGCUCCACAAAGAGUAGACUCCAUGCUGGUGAAUGCAGGUCCGUCUCUGACGCAGGCUGUCGCCGUAUCGAGGAGAUCCAGCAUCACAGCACCAUACAACUCUCUGCCAAGACUGGGGCUCAAACGCACACCCUCCAUAAAACCAGAUGUCCCACCAAAACCCACAUUUGUUCCCCUUUCAGCUUCCAUCAAACCAAAUGACACGUGUACAUAGUCACAACAGGGAGUACAAAACGAUGUGGGGACCUGCUUCCUGAGUCGGUGCUUUGCAACUGCAACACUAGUUUUGUGUUUUUCUUUUUUUAAAAAAAAGAGCUGUUGUUAAGCUGAGGAUAUUUAUCCCUGCUCCCUGGGAAAAGUGGAAUAUUUUCUUACGACUGAUGCGGCUACUGAACUCAGCGCUUGAAAGGUGGGGUUAGCAGCUGUUGAACUUCCAUCUGAGGGGAUUGAUGAUUGAUGCACAUGAACAGAACAAUGGGACGCCGAGCCUAAAGCACAAAACUGCAGCGAACGUGUAAUGUCUCCUUGACCCUUCGGGAAUUGCCCUCGAGGGAGACGAGUUUCGAAAAAACAAAGCACUGAAGACGUUGACUCAGACUUAACAAUAGCUGAAGUUUACUGUUUGCAGAUAGUCUCAGAUACUGUGAAAUGCCUCUCAGUGUUACAUUUGCUUGGCUGCAGCAGAUAUCGGCCAUUUUGGCAAGGCUUUGGCCUACAUCUCUGCUAUUGUCCUUGUAAUGAUUAAUGUGACUAUUAACACUAAUAGCUCCUGGUAUUUAUUAUUUAAGUGCUAUUUCAAAUAUGACUGACUCAUUCAAAUGAAUUUAUGAAUAUCUCUUUUAAAAAAAUCAGAAAGAAGUCUAAAAUGCAAUGUUUGUAAUUAUUUAAGUCAAGUCAAUUAACUGGAGACCUUCAAUGCUUUUCUAAAGGUAACUGUCCACUAACAAUAUGGAGGUGGCAUACUGAGUACAGUGUUUCUACUCAGCUGCUGGUAGGGUUAUCAAAGUGCUUAGGGAGGGGGAGAGCAAAAGAAAGGGGGCUAUUUAUUUUACUGUGACAGGUUCAUUUCACAUUGAGGGGUGCAUCAAUGAGAAUGUCCAGGUGUGUUCCCCUGAGGACUCAAACAGGAAAGGAAAGAAACUCGGAUACCGUACACACAGGUGGAGUCUCCAUCCAUUAUUCAGAGAGGAUGUAGAAGGAUUUAACGGUUCUGUUUGUUUUGGCAGUCACUGAUAUUUGCAAACUAGAAACUGGCACAUUAUGUGGCAGCCAACCUGGUUUUGCAAGUGGUAGCAAUGGAUGGAGCCUGCUGAAGGGCAAGCUGUUACAGUGCAUAGAUCAUAAUUCUAUCAUGCUGGUUCUAACUAGGCAUACAUCUGUGUGGCAAGCCUCUUUUUCCAUGUGUAAAUUUGUGCCUUACGACAUCGAUUAUGUACAGUUCUUGCUAGUAAUCUGCAAAUAAUUUCCCCCUUUAAAAAAAAAAUUCUGUUUCUGCAAAAUUUUCUCUGUCCAUUUGGAACCAAUUUCUCUCUCAUGGAACACAUAUGCUCCAAUUCCUUAUGUCCCGGAGAAAUCUGCAAACUGCGACAUUUGUUUGAUCGUCCCACAGUCGUGCCAAUCUUCCCCUCCCAAAAUGCCGCGGACGCGGAAAAUUUAAAGCUCAUCCACGUUUCUCCGGAUGUGUCCUUCCAUCUUUAUUUCUGCAGGUGACAGGUGGGCAGUCACUAUGAUGUCAUCAAUUUUCCAAUUGGUCAGUGUCUCGGUUGAAGACACCACAAUACUUACAAUUUAAAAUGUUAGUGAAUUGGCAAAGCAGUGUUAAAGCAGGCUGGUUCCUGCUACAGUAAUAGUGCUUUAAUAAGGAUAGUAAACCUUUUUGACACACGUGUUUCUAAUUACCAUUUUUCUUUUGCGUAUUUCAGUUUGUCAUGCACGUUGAAUCGAGUGUUCUUACAUGUUUAAUAAUUGUCAACAUGGUGUAGAAAUAUGGUUUUUAUCAACCAAGCUGAAUGAAUUUUCUUUUUUUUAUUACUUUUUGUACUUAUUUGCUUUUUUCAGUUUUCUUCAAUUGAACACCAACUUGCAAGCUGGUUAGUGUUUAGAAUGAUAGCUGAAUAAUUCGAGAAGGAACUAGACCAAAGUGUGUAACAAGGUUGCAUACACAUACAACUUCUAUGUCCUCCGUUUCCAAAACAUUAUUAUGUUGACUAGCAUUGAUGCAUUCCUUCAAGAUAACCUUUUUUUUUCAGAUGUUAACUUCAUAAUGUUUCAUGCAAGUUAUGUUUGCUGUUUUUUUAUGCCUUUGCAUAAAUGCUGUGUGAUUGUUCAGAAGUUAACUUGGGGUGCGAUUUUAAUACAUUCUUAUAAUUUUAACAAGAAAUUUGCAAUACAGUAGGUUCCGAUUAAUUGGGUCACAUCAGGACCAGUACAUUUUGGCCCAAUUAAGCAGCUGCCCUAAUUAGCUGAAGUCCCAUGAAAAUAGUUAAAAAGGUAUAAAAAAAGGCAAGUUUCUGUUUAAUUGAGUAACAGAUUUUGUAUUGGUACACUACCAAUACUACUGUAGUACUAUAAAACUGUGUAUUAGUUCCUAAUAGUUAUCGACAGAGGAAUUCAUCCAGUGUAUUUUACUAUAUUCUUCUGAUUGACUGUAAAUGAGCUAAAUUAGAGUACAGAUACCUAGUACAGAUGGACUGCCUUCAAACAAUGCUUUCAACAAUUGCACCUUCCAAAUCUCUAUUUUCAUUGUAACAUUAAAGAUAAUUGUCAAUACUCUCAAAUUCUUUAUAGUUCCAAGCUUGUUGAAGCAGUGAAAUCAUUUCAUUCUCACUCCUGGCCAUUUCUGUCUUUUCCAAUCCUGAAUGCUUGAACCCACAGUGAGCAAGACAGUUCUGAAUUGUUUUCCUGCUUAUUUGUUGCCAACUAUCAGUUUGAAAAAUCACUGCUCUUGAACACAGACAAAUGCAACUGACACUACAUAUUUAAAAACAAAGGGAAUCCCAACUAUUUUCUUGAUUAGUUUUGUUCUUGAAGAACAAGUGGCUGCCCCGAUGGUCCAAUUAAUCGGAAUCCACUGUACAUUUUAUGCAAAAUGAGUCCUGUUGAGUUCAUAUUGAGAGGCCAGUAUGGUACUCACAACAAUUGAUUUGAUUCAAAAGGUUAACACCAUGAAAUAAAUGAAUGGUAGUGUGCUGUUUACUGCCUUUUCUUUCCUGGUAGUGUCCUUGUUGAUCCCUCUCUGGCCCUAUGUGUGCCUUUUGAAGCUCACCCUUGCUAUAAACUCUUAGAUACAAGAGUCAGAUACUGGUUGUGUAAAAUGUAAAAUAGUGUGAUGUUGGCACAAUCUCUUUCCCACAGCUCCAUAUCCCUAACAUCCAGUUCACAACUCAAAUGUAUGUUGUAAAAAAAACUCUUUAAUUAUUACAUAAUGUAAUAAAACAGACUGCUCUGCUG